GUCAAGCUUUGUUUUCGCACAUGUCGCAUUUCUUUGCUUUGAACUUUUUGAGAAGAUUAAGAACAAUUGGCUUACCUGUUGAGGCAAGCUUAAGAAGGAAAACAGGAUUUGUCAUUCCUACGAUCUACAAUCACAUGAUGGCUGAAAUGAAUAGCGGAGAUGCUGAUACCAAGCGUCAAUGCACUCGACAGACGAUAGGCACUCACAACGGAUCGUUCCAUUGCGAUGAGGCUCUUGCUUGUUUUCUUCUACGCCAGUUGCCAGAGUACAAAGAUGCAGAAAUUAUAAGAACAAGGAACCAGUCUGUUCUAGACACUUGUGACAUCGUGGUUGACGUUGGCGGUGUGUUUGAUCCAAGCAAACAUAGAUAUGAUCAUCAUCAACGGUCUUUCUCCCAUUCCAUGAACUCUCUCCGUCCUGCAAAGCCAUGGACUACCAAAUUGAGUAGCGCUGGCUUGGUCUAUCUUCACUUCGGUGAGCGCGUCUUGAGAACGAUCAAGGGUCUUAAAGAUGCUGAUGAUAGCAAAGUGCAGGCGAUCUAUGACAAAGUCUACGAGAACUUCAUCGAGGAGGUUGACGCCAUUGAUAACGGGAUUGCACAGAGCGAUGAACAACCGAGAUAUUUAAUCACAACCAACCUGAGUUCCCGGGUGAAACACCUCACUCCUGACUGGAUGGAUCUCAGCCCGGAUGAAGAGGGUGGCUUUAAAAAGGCCAUGGAGCUGACGGGUUUAGAAUUUCUGGACAAAGUCAAUUACUACAAUACCAGCUGGUGGCCGGCCAGGGAACUUGUGGAGAGCGCCCUCGAUGGACGCUUUGAGGUUGAUAGCAGCGGUGAAGUGCUAGUCUUCAGUCAAGGAGGAUGUCCAUGGAAGGAGCAUCUCUAUGCCCUUGAGGAAGCCAAGAAGAUUGAGACACCGGUCAAGUACGUCUUGUACACAGACCAGAACGGCAAAUGGAGAGUGCAGUGUGUCCCCGUCUCAAGUAACUCCUUCAGUAACAGGCUGUCAUUGCCGGAGAAGUGGCGCGGCAUCCGGAACGAGGAGCUGUGUACCCUGUCCGGUAUCCCAGGAUGCAUCUUUGUCCACGCUAAUGGUUUCAUUGGUGGGAACGAGACACACGAGGGCGCUCUUCAGAUGGCCAGAACGUCACUUGCUCAAUCCAAGUAGAACGUAAUGGGUUGAGUACAAGGCAUGGAAUGCGGAACAUAAAAUCUGCAACUAUUGGGACAGUUUCCUGAAACUUAAAGGAAAUCUAAAGCCAGGGUCUUUUUUCAGGAUGCUUAAGAAAACAAGAAUAUUUCUCGGCAGAAAUGGCCCAGCUACCCAAAUUUAAAUGUGAAGUGUAAUACAUGUACUGAUAAGAUUUGUCGGAAUAUAAAUUUGUUGUCCAGUAUUUUAUGCAUAGCAGCCAGGGUUUUGCCUCAAAAAAAAAAUUAAAUAAAUAAAUAAAACUAGAAAUUUUACAAGUUUGGUGUAAAAAAAUAAGACAAAUAGAUGAAAAAACAACCUUUGUAAGUUACACAAAUCACAUUACGGUUUAAUAUCUCUGUACAUACUACUCAUGGAUUUACACAAACGCGUAUCAAGACCGAUUCCUAUUGUUUAAACCAGUAUGGGUUUUCAAACAAUCUUUAUAUCUUGACAAAAAAGGUGUGCAUGUGUAACAUUUUUCUAUGUUUUAUAGGACAGGAAAGAUCAAGAAAUAUUCAAUAAAGUAUGUGCUCAACAAGUGCUGUUACUGCUUUCAGCAGAAAAUGAAUGUCAAUGGUGUAUAACCUUAUUAUUUUGACCUCCCUUUCCCAGCCUUUAAAAAAAUUGAAAAAAUUUCCAAGAUUUGAUCCAAGUUAAAUCUACUUAAAACUCACUCAUGACUACAGUUUUUUUUUGUAUGACUAUGUACACAUGUAUAAAACAAACUCAAUUUAAAGCAAUUUAUGAUAAAUUCAUCACACAGGAACUUCACAGUUUGAAGCGAGUUUUGUCCGCAAGAUUUUACUCCCAAAAGUCCUUGUGAGGAACCAAUUGAAAUGGUGACUGUGAAGACUGUUUUUGCCAACCCAAUAGUUAGG